AUGUCUAUCGACCACCACGCUCAUACCGCUUUCGCUAAUCGCCCCUCUGAACAUUAUAUCGACGCUGCCGCCAUUGAUCGGCCUGAAACCUGGAGUGGAAACAUGCGCAGAUUGAUCGAGACCAGCUCCCGGUUUCUCAUUGGUGGCGUCUUCGCUCUGUAUUUCCUCGCCGUCAUGAGGGAUCCGCAACUCUUCAACACACUGCAGGAGUGGCUAGUAGGUGCCUUCUCAAUUGGCUGCAUCUGUGGUCUCAUCUACGGCGUCUACAAGUAUUUCGAAUGGUUAGAGACCCGUGACGACCUGAAGCCAGUUGUCGAAGACGUGGGCCACCUCAGGGCAGCUAUGAACGCGGUGAGUGAGGAGGGCGAACAUGCGCAAAAGCGACGCACUCUUGCAAGUCCACAAUUCGGACUUGCCGAUCCUGCGACAGGGCAGAGGGGUUUGUCAUCAUCAGUUGGAGGAAGGUACUACGACUAG